GCCCUCUGGCGUCUUUUAGGGGCUUGAAGUUUUGGCGUAUCCUUCCGUCUUCACAACAGCUACGCUUACGGCGUCUAAACAUGUACUAGUCUUUGGGCCGUCAGCCUGACCACCACUCGCAGCUUCUAGUGGCGCUGUUCGGCACAUUUGCUGUUGACCCGAGACUGCAUCUUCGCGGCGGGAGGCCCACGGAGUUUUCUUUGCCCUAUGUGCUCCAGAUGGCCAACGAUCUAGAGGAGGCAGCCGCUCUGCCCCCAUACGAUGCCAUCCAGCAAGUGGCCACGGACCUCAGUCGAAUCGCGGACGCAGAGGCCAUGGCAGAUUUUUGGUGUCAUUGAUAUGAACGAGCUUCGCAGCAAAACUUACGGAUUAUGUUGCCCACCGCUUGGAUGGACAGAGUCAGGGGCCCUUCCGCCACAAGCCAGAGGGGGAACAGAUGCGGACGCCAUCUGUAGGCACAGCAAACACGGUCAGGAAUGCGGAGCAAGUCUUACGACACGGGGAGCUUCAUUAGCAGGUAUGGACGGGGCUCACCACGUGCGCAAAUUAUUCUACAUAUUUGUACCAAUCUAUGUGUGCAUAUAGAUGUUGCAAAACAUAUCAUCAUCUCAGAAAUCAGCAGCACUUCAUCUGGGACGUUCCUUGAAUCGUGGAGUUUGCCUUCCAGAAGCAGCCCGUACCCUAAACAAGGUCAAUCCUCUCCAGAAUUAUCGUUAUUUGUGCUGUGAGUUCGAGGGUGGAACGUACGACGAUUCGUGUAGCCAUCUUGUGUCGAACCAUCUUCCUGGGCAGAUCUCGCCAAUACCAGCUGCACCAGACACCGAUCAAGAUGCCAGGGGGCGCGAUGGAGAUCCCGAAGGUCACCAUGCCCGCCUGGCGCAGCCAAUCGAUCGCAGAGUCAUAUGGCCCACCUGAUGCAGGCGCGCCGCAAGUCAAGAAGCACACGGAGGGCAAGUAGCAAAAGGACAUCAUCGCCCCCCUGUGCAAGCUCGUGACGGCGAACAGCAAGGCGACCGCGGACGUGGAGAGCAUCGCCUAUAGCAAGUACCAGAUCGGGGUAGGCCAAAGCAGCGUGUCGGCGGGUCUCGCCGCAGGGAAUAGGCACGACACGGAGAGCACGGAUAUCAAGAAGAAGGCGGCAGGGGGAGAAGCAGUGGACCACAAGGCGCGUGGGCCCCCGUUCCUGGCGGUUUUCAUGGCCACGUUCGCCUGCGGAGCAUCUCGGACCGUCCCAGAGGGCGGCAAAGUGCAGGAGAAGAAGAUGGUCUGCGAGAUGCUCGCCUUCUUCACGGAGCGUCUCUCGACGGCAUCGGUCAGCGAAGUGGCGGAGCUCGUGGGGCACGUUAGGAUCAAGACGCACAAGAAGCACGAUAACCAAGAGCAGCUCUGCACGAGCAUGUGGCACUUCAUCCCGACGCGCAAGUACAGUGAGACGGUCAAUGCAUGGAUGCAGGCACCCACGAUCGCAGAGGGAGGAAAACGGCUCCACGGACGAGCUCCCCGCGGCCCGCUCGGGAGGGUCAUCAGCCAGUUCCCCGAGGACAAAAAGUAGAUGUCAGAGAGAGAGAGAGAGAGAGAGAGAGAGAGAGAGAGAUCGUCCUGGCAGAAGAAGGUAGCAGGCAGAUAUCCGUAGGCUGCCACCACUCCUACAGCGCAGUAAGCGUCAAACGGCGAUGAUGGCGCAAGGUUUUGUCCCCCCUCGUCCUUCGUCUCGCCCUCCUCUCCCCUCUUUUGGGCGAAGUGCGAAAAGCAAGGGUUCGAGCUCGAGCCUCCCUCGCGCCUGAAGGCCAGCUGCUAUUGCGGGGGGCCGCGUGCCUCGGGGGCGUGCUGGCGGGGCCAGCGCAGCCGCGGGCCGAGAGUGGUCCGCAUUUUUUCCGCAGAUGCGGUUUCGUAGGAUAAGCCUCCUCCAGUACAACUUCGGGUGGAGCUCGGAGGUAUCGCAGCGCCAUCGGUCACGAAUAGUUACAGCCAGCGCUUCGCUUGAAUCUGGGCCCAUCGAACUGGAAAGGUA